GUCUGGGCAGCCGGACCCGGCGGGCGGCGGUCUGGCCGCCGAGGUGCGAAGGGAAGAGCCCCAGUCGCCGCCGCCGCCGCCGCCGGAGAGGACCAUGUCUGCGAGUCGAGCCAAGAAAGUGAAGAUGGCCACCAAAUCGUGCCCCGAGUGCGACCUCCAGGUUCCUGUUGCAUGUAAAUCUUGUCCCUGUGGUUAUAUAUUUAUUAAUAGAAAACUCCUAAAAGUAAAACAGUCAGAUAAAUCAUCACCUUUUACAGAAGUGAGCAAUGCCAUGUCUCUGAAAGAUCUGCGAAUACUCUUCUUAUACGAGUUUAAACUCGGACACAGCGCCGCCACGGCCAGCAGAAACAUCGCCUCCGUCUUCGGAGAAGGCUCCGUGAACGAAAGGACCAUCCGCUGGUGGUUUGAGAAGUUCCGUUCUGGGGACCUGAGUCUGAAGAAUGAGCCUCGCGGGAGACCCAGGUCGGUCCUAAAUGAAGACGAGCUGCGAGCCAUGGUGGAGGCGAACCCCAAGAGCGCCGUCCGGGGCCUCGCCGCAGACCUAGGCGUUUCUGCCACAACCAUUUCUCGCCACCUGGCUGCCAUGGGAAAGGUGAAAAGGUUGGACAGGUGGGUGACAGCCGCUGAUGGCUGAUCAGGUGUUUGGAGAGACGCUCACCCUUAAGAUGUGGAAGAGCAGAGACCUUAUGAGAGCGUCCUAAGUGACAGAAAUGAAGUGGAAAGGGAUCUGGGCAAUGGCUGGAUGUUGAUGAAGUUCCCCAACGUGUUAAAACCUUCCUUCUACCAAAAGAGAGAGGAUCUGGUAACUGGGUGUGUGUGUGUGUGUGUGUGUGUGUGUGUGUGUGUGUGUGCGCGUGUGUGCGCACAGGGUGUUUCAGCACCAUGUUCGCCCGGACUGCUUUCCCUGCGUGAACGAGCCGCAUUGCCCAGCAGUGGGCUCACGGACCCAGUCGCGCCGCAGCGUUCUGCGCUGGUCCGCAGGCGUGGACCUGUCCUGCCGGGACAGCAGCGGACUGCAGACAUCACAGACCGCCUUGGGGAGGCAACUGAAUCGGGCAAAGGAAUUUAGCGCGUCCAUCAGACUCACCUGGCCUUUUAACACAGAUUCCCCCUCCUUUGUCAUUUGUAACUAAGACACAGAACAUUCUCUGCUUGAGAAGCAGGAAUUGAAGGAAGUGAACGUCUUGUAACAAGACUGGAUUUUAUAAAUGUAGUAUGUCAUUUAAUAUUGGGGGAAGUUUAUCACUUGGAGAAAGCAGCUCAUACUAUUAGUGUAUAUUUUGGUUGAAUGAAGCUGUUGUUUUUCUCAAAAAAUAUAACAUUGUCAUUUUGACCUACAAAAAGGCAAUUGCAUAUGGUUCACCCUGAUCAUUUCCUAAUCCCGGCAGAGCCCGGAGCCGGAAAGGCACUCAGGAGCCAAAGCUACUGCUGCUCCCGAGGACUGCGGCUUCUUCCCGGGAGGGGUGUGGCGCAACCCAGGGAGCGCAGGCGUGUGUGUGUGUGUGUGUGUGUGUGUGUGAAAGAUGCUUAGGAGUCAGCCGAGCAGAAACCCAGGUGCCGAGUGCGUCAGCCUCCUUCCCCUCCUUUGACCUCAGCUGCUUUGCUCCUGGUGUGCUUUCUGUCUGAAUGUUUGCUGUUCCUCUUCACCUUAGUAACUCUACCCAUCAUGCACUUUUCCUCCAGGAAGUCUUCCCUGGUUGCCCUGCCCCCACCCCAGGUCAGGUCCCCUUGACGAUGGCCUAAGAAUCCCAGUAUUGUUCCUGCAUAAUGUGAUCAUGGUCAGAAUAUAUUUAUUUGUGAGA